AUGACUGACCUGUUCAUCCUGAUGGACAACGACACACACAGCAAACACAUUCUGAACGCACAGGUGUCGAUCCGCGCACCGUGCUGUCAGAAGUUCUUCGACGUAAGUCUCACCCAGUCCGUACCGAUUCACGGCUCCAGGAGGACCUUGGAACUGACAUCUCUAAUGCAUUUUCGCUUCGACAGUGCCCGGAAUGUCACGCUGAGAGCCAAGACCACGGACUGCGUAAAACGAUCGAGAUGGCAUUCAUCUGCAAAAAGUGUCGCAAAGCGUUCCGCAAGGAUCUCACCCAGUACGAGGAGUCCGAUGAAUUCUGUCCUCAUUGCGAUAACCACUACGUACGUCCUUUUACUCUCCUUUCUACUUUCUCCUUUCUCUCACAUACGACUGACCUACUCUCUGGCUCGAUACGUGAUGCAACAGGUGAUCGACGCGAAAACUCCGCAAGCAGUGCUCAGCGUGGAAGGCGAAGACGCACGUGUCGACAACCGAAUGCUUCGCGACGACCGCAUCAAGUACGAUCCGAGAAAGGAUUUCUACUUCCGUAGGGUGGCGGCGCAGGAGACGGAGAGGAUCGACGAGGGUGGUUGGUUGCAAGCGAUCAAGGAUAGGGCGGAGGGGAGGUUGGGUGCGGACGGAUUGCCGAUCGAUGCGAGCGGUCCGAUGGGCGAGGAUGGGAAGCCGCUGUUGGACGCUAGUGCGUUGAAUGGUGGGGUGGGAGCGGGCAAGUGGAGCAAGUUCAACGACGACGAUCUCGAUUGGAGUUGA